AUGGAAUCCCAAAGCCCUCCUUCCCCAGAAUCACCCCAAUCUCUCCUUCAUAGUCCAAGCUUUUUGUCCAUCCUGCGUGUGGGAAUAUCUCACUCGCACACGCCACAAUGCUUGUGGCCAAAAGAUAAGGGUAGGGUCGUUGUUGAACCAGCGCUGCACUGGUUGUUUGCUACCCUCUACAAAGGAGCGGCAUUCGGUUAUCCCCAAGCAGCAGCCGAAGAAACUGGCUACGGAAGCGAACUGGAGGCCGCUAUCAAAGGGCUGAAAGGAAUGCACCGUAGGGGCAUCACCAUUCUGCCGCGAGGGGACUAUGGCUGUGCCUGGACCCCUCACGGCACAUACGCCUGCGACCUCGCGCACUUUGCCAAGCACCUGGGCGAUUACGCAGACUGCAUUCAGGUCAAUGGGAAUGCGCUGGAGGAUAUCUCCAUUUUGCAGGGCCACUAG